CUAUUUAAAGUUCAAAGAGACACUGGAUAACAAAAGAAAGAGGUAAGCGUGGCCUGACCUAGCCACCCACCAACAGGAAUAAUGGCUGAAAAAGCAGGGUCUACAUUUUCACACCUUCUGGUUCCUAUUCUUCUCCUGAUUGGCUGGAUUGUGGGCUGCAUCAUAAUGAUUUAUGUUGUCUUCUCUUAGAAAGGCAAGAAGAUACCACAUUGACAUCAUUUAGAAGAAUUAAGAAAACUAUGAACAUGACUGAUUAUUAAAUGUCUCAUGUUAAACAAUGAAAUGUUUGACAUCACUUUACAAACUUGGAUUAUAAACUGUACUUUGGUGUGCAUAAGAAUUUCUUCAGGACAAUAAGAAAUUAUGAGUGAAUUUCUCUAUAUUCUGAGUGAGAAAAAUGUUUAGCUAUGAUGAAAAAUGCAUGACAUUAAAAAAGUUUGAUAAAUUUAAUCACAUUACAAAAAAUUCUCCCCCCUACCCUCUGGAAAAAACUAUAGAGAAAGUUGGCUAAGGCUGUGCACGAUGGUUCAUGCCUGUAAUCCCAGCACUUUGUGAGGAUCCCUUGAGCCCAGGAAUUGGAGACCUGCCUAGGCGACAGAGAGAGACUCCAUCUCUACGAAAAAAAGAAAAAAAAAUGGGCUAGAGAUAAAAACAGACAAUUCACAGAACAUAUACUGUAAAAGUACACUUACUUAACCUCUUGUUCGCAAAAAGAGAAAUGUAAUUAAAGCUACACUGAGGAAUCAUCGCUCACUUAUCAGAUGGGAAAAAAUAAAGAUGUUUGACAACAUA